AUGGUCCAGCCAUGUACCGGCGUCGUCUCUCCUUUUUCUUGGUCUGUCUUUUUUUGCUUUGGUGGCUCGCUAUUCUUUUGCCACCCCCCCGAGACGCCCCCCACCCCUGAAGGUGGAACCCCUUGGGGAAAUUUCAUAGCAAUUUUGAUGAGGUCGAUACUCACUCAGUCCGGACGGCACAUGCAGCGAGAGAAAGAGGGCACCCCCCUUGCCCUUGCCUGGCCCUGCAAGCCUUGCAUUGCCUUGCCGUUGAUUCUCGUUGAGGUUUUGCCAAAGAAAAGACUAGACACCAAAGCUAGUCAACCCAACCCAAGCAACCUUUUGGCCUUGCCUCAUUCAUCAGGUUACCUUGACCUUUUCCAACCAAGCUUCGAAGCUAGCCAAAUCUAUCUAUCCCAGCAAAGAACAACACAGAACAACAGACAGAACAAGUCCCACACCCUCGUAAUAAUCGAGCCCCGUUUGUUUGACCCACACUUCAUUCGACCAUCCGACCGGCGCCACCCUGCUACCUUACUCUACCUACUACUCUACAGCGUACCUGUGCCUUGUGCCUUGUGCCUGAAUUGA